UAUCGGAUAGAAACUUGACCGCGAACCUUCAUCUGGGAGCCGAUUGAUCGAACCGGACUCGGAGCGCGAUUCGGACACCUACGAUGUUUGAAACGGAAGGGAGAAGCAUGUCACGCCUGUCUCUGACCCGGUCUCCGGUCUCUCCUCUGGCCACGCAGGGGAUUCCACUGCCGGCUCAGCUCACCAAAGCCAACGCGCCCGUUCACAUCGACGUGGGUGGCCACAUGUACACCAGCAGCCUGGCGACCCUCACCAAAUACCCAGACUCACGGAUCAGCAGGCUGUUUAACGGAACCGAGCCCAUCGUUCUGGACAGUUUAAAGCAGCAUUACUUCAUCGACAGGGACGGAGAGAUAUUCCGCUACAUUCUCAGUUUCCUGCGAACCUGCAAACUGUUGCUGCCGGAUGACUUUAAGGGAAAACUGAAAGGGGCAAAAAACCCCUGGCAAGACAUCCCCGAGAGGAAGAGAGCGAGCGUUUGGCAGUCUGCUGUUGUUUGCCUGGAUAAAGAAACGCUGAAGCCUGGAGCUCCGUCACUGACGGGAUCCAACGAGCAUGAGAUCCUGCCAAACGUCUUGACUGUUGCCCCUCGGGCGGCGCUGAUACCCCUCGGAGCUAAACAUGCCACCCUGCACCCCAGUCGCACUGCUUUUUAA